GUAGACAGAUUUUUGGAUGAGGGGGUUAGAACGAAGUAUAGGGAGGCCUUGAAAGCGGAGGUUGAAUCUUUUUCAGAGAGCAUCAGGGAGAAAGUGAGUGAGGGUAUUAGUGGAAGUGGGUUAGUCAGUGCAGUUGUAGAGGAGUGGGAGCAAGUUGUAAAAAAAGUGGCAAAGGCUGAGGUAGGAGAGAAGGUAGUAGUGUGUGGCAGGGCAGUCAGGUGGUGGGAUGACGAGAUUAAGCAUAAGAUAGAGCAGAGAAGGGAGGCUUACAAGAAAAUUCUUGAGGGUCAGGAUUAUCUAUGGGAGGAAUAUAGUAAACUGCGUAGGAAGGUGAAGAAUUUAGUUGUUCAGAAGAAGCUUGAGGUUUGGAACGAGGUAGUGGAAAGAGCAAAUUUAGAUUUUGAAGGUAAUAGGAAAGAAUUUUGGGCAUUUGUUGGUAGAAGGACAAAGGUGUUAAAGAAGCAUCAUCAGCACUUGGGCACCUGUAGUGUUGAGAAAGUGGAUAACAAAGUGUGUGAGUUUUCUAACCUUCCAGCAAAUUGUGUGGAAAUUGUAUUGGAGGGGAGUUGUGUGUGUGGUAAUGAUGGGCUUGUGGGGGAGCUUCUAAAGUGUGGUGGGUCAGGGAUGGUAGAGUUACUUAAACAGUUGUUUACAGUAAUUUGGCGUGAGGAGUUUGUGCCACCACAGUGGAGGGAGGGCCUCAUAGUUAACCUGUUUAAGAAGGGAGAUAAGGAGGAUCCUGGGAAUUAUAGGGGCAUCACUCUGCUGAGUGUGGUUGGGAAGGUCUUUUGUAAGGUAUUGAACAAUAGGUUGGUGAAG